AACUCUCCUCGCUCACACUACUCAGCUGAUAAGAAACUUCGCACAACCACGCCAUCCUGUGCCGAUACCUUACUCGCGAAAAUCUGGGAAAAGCAGCUCCCAGCACUCGAUGUUAAAUUGGACAGUUUAGGCUGCACUCACAUUGAGUUCAGUUUUUUCUUGGACCAGAACACUAUUUGAAGCCUUGAGCAUCUGGGUGUGGUGAUGGUUCAUAGAAACAUAGAAAACCUACAGCACAAUACAGGCCCUUUGGCCCACAAAGUUCUACCGAACAUGACGCUACCUUAGAAAUUACUAGGCUUACCCAUAGCCCUCUAAGCUCCAUGUACUUAAAAGCCUCUUAAAAGACCCUGUUUUAUCUGUCUCCAUCACCAUUGCCAGCAGCACUCAUCACUCUCUGCUUAAGAAACUUACCCCUGACAUCUCCUCUGUGCCUAAUCUCCAGCACCUUAAACGUAUGUCCUCUUGUGCCAACCCAUUUCAGCCCCAUGAAAAAGCCUCUGACUAUCCACACGAUCAAUGCCUCUCAUCAUCUUAUACACCUCUAUCAGGUCACCUCUCAUCCUCCGUUACUCCAAGGUGAAAAGGCCAAGUUCACUCAACCUAUUCUCAUAAGGCAUGCUCCCCAAUCCAGGCAACAUCCUUGUAAAUCUCCUCUGCACCCUUUCUAUGGCUUCCACAUCCUUCCUGUAGUGAGGCAACCAAAACUGAGCACAGUACUCCAAGUGGGGUCUGGCCAGGGCCCUAUAUAGCUGCAACAUUACCUCUCGGCUCCUCAAUUUUGUGCUUUUCUGCUGUUUCCUGGAUUCUUUAUUUGCUGCCAGUGUACCUGUCUACAACCACACUUUGCCUUCUGUGGGUAAGCCAGUUCUGGAUCCAUAAAGCAAUGUCCCCUUGGAUCUCAUGCCUCCUUACUUUUUCAAUAAGCCUUGUAUGGGGUACCUUAUCAAAUGUCUUGCUAAAUUCCAUCUACACUACAUCUACUGCUCUUCCUUCAUCAAGGUGGUUAGUCACAUCCUCAAAAAAUUCAAUCAGGUUCGUAAGACACAACCUGCUUUUGACAAAACUAUGCUGACUAUUCCUAAUCAUAAUAUGCCUCUCCAAAUGUUCAUAGAUCCUGCCUGUCAGGAUCUUCCCCAACAACUUAGCAACCACAGAACAAGCUUCUCAGUGGAAAUUCAGUGCUGUAGCUGGGGCUGGGUAUUGUCACCACAGGCAGGACAACAUCAACUGAAACCUUCACCAUCUCUAGAAUAAUACAAAGCUGAUUUGUAGUGGAUUGUUACCUCAUCUGCUGGAUAUGUACACAGGGAGACUGCAGUGUAUCUGACAAUUCUGCAUGUGCAGACACUCGAUAAGGGAUUACAGAAGUUAUCAAAUAUGUUUUUGUUUGUGCUUUUCUGCUGUUUCCUGGAUUCUCUGCUUGCUGCCAGUGUGAGAGAGAUCCUUGGACUUUCUUCAGUCCAAUGUUCUGAUUUCUGCUCCAUUUCUGAACUGGUUGGGUUUCCCUGUGUUUAAGAAGCCUGAUUGACUCAGGGUCCAUCUUCAUUACCAAGAACACAUUGUAAAUUGAUGUUUAUGUUAAAUAAUUUGUGCAGAUCUGUUACUAUGGCUUUCAAACUGAUUAUUUUUCAUUUAUCCAAAGAUGUUAAUAGAUUCAGAAGAUGGAUAUCUGUCUAUAAUGUUUGUUUUCUCAUUGUCAUCGUCAUUGCUACUACUUCCUGGAUGGCGUUUAAAGGCCUCGGACCAGAGGAUGUAGGAGUUGCCAUUACAUCGAUGGUGGGACUGGUGUUUUCUACAGCAUAUGCUAUUAUAUUCACGUGCUGGUCAAGGAAAGGAUACCCAGACGACAAGCAGUGGUGGUGGCGCCUGAAUAUUUGUAACAUUGUGGCUCUUGUCUUCAUCCUCUUUGCCCUCAUUUGCUGGAUUGUGUCUAAAGCUCAAAGCUGCAAGACCAACAUUCCAAUCUGGAUCAUAUUGGCUGCAUCAGGGGUCACAUUUGUGAUGGUGUUAUCCAGAUCCUUUCCAGUUUGCAGCAGAAACAAAGGAACUAAUGAGAACAACCGUGCUGAAAUACAACAGGAUCAUGGAGAAGUGCAGGAAUUACAAACUCUCAGCACAGGUCAUGAAGCUGAAUCAUCCGGUCAGUUAGAAGGGACACGGCAGCCUUCAGUUCCAGAGGUGACUGUGAGGGCAGGUUCUGUGUCCCUGCUGUAGACUGGAGCCUGGAAAAUCCUUCCCUCCAACAGUGGGAACAUGGUGCUCUGCAGCUGUAACUUGUCUCACCCUGAGUGAGAACAACACUGCACUCAUUUCAGCUCUCAGCUUCCGGUGAGAAAUUCAAUCCUUGAUAAUCUGUCAAAAUUCUCAUUGGCACCGGAAUCAUUUUAAGGAACCAUGAAAGAGGAGUCCAGAGGGGCUCGGUCCACAAGACCUUAUGGGUUUGUCUCUGAUUUAGAUCUCUGGAAGGUGCAAUAACUACAUAAUAUGUGCUUCAGAAGACAGUCCUGACUGCAGUCUGGGACAUCAAACGCAGCUCCCACACACAGCUGAACUGCUUUGUCUGAUGACGACAACCACAAUCAGGUUUAUUGUCACUGUGUUAUGAGAUGAAAUUUGUUGUUUUGUGACAAGAUCACUGCCUCUCAGAUUCCUCGCCUCGGGAUCAUUCAUUGCUGAUCUCUACCACAUCUCACACUUUACUCCUUGCUGCUGCCUGGCUGGAGCCCUGGAGGGUCACCAAGGCCCCUUGUACAACAAGCACCUCUUGUGGUUAAUGUUCCCCACCAGAAUGACAAGGUCUCUCUGAGUCACUCUCCUUUCCCAUCAUUUCCAAUCUGUUUGUGAAGCAGCAGCACUUCCUAUUGCUUGUAUUUGUUUGUGCCAUCGAGGCUGACUUCCCCUGUCGUAGCAGAGAGGUGAAGUGCUGGCAGCUGAGAGAGAUCAAACUGAACAGCCCGAUGUCACCAUUUUCACUCUCGGCCAUGGCAUUGCUCUUCCAUCACGUCGGUGUUACAGGAGUUACCCUUUAUACCCUCGCAGGAGUCAGUUGGAACUGGAGUUCCUCUGUUCACCUGUUUACUGGAAUCUGUGCAAUGAAAUCACCCGGCUACAGUUUCAGGACAAUAAUCCCCAUUCAUACACGCAUCGUUAACCCUGAGUAUAAUAAUGAGGCCGGCAUCAUCCAACUCGGAGUGACACAUCAGUGAUGAGCAUUUUCUUCACCAAUCUACAAACAUCCAACUAUUACUCCUGGGCCACCCUGACAGAGUCACACAGCACAGAAACAGGCCCUUUGGCCCACCAAGUCCAUGCUGACCUUGUUGCCCAUCUACACUGAUCCCAUUUGCAAUCAUUGUGGGAUCCACAUCAAAUUUGUCAGUUUCCUGCCCAGAUUGUCUGCUGUUAGUUAAACUGAGGACAGUGUGUAGACUCCACCCCACCUUUGUGUUGUUGUAUCAGACUAAACCAGUGAAUCCAAGCCCAGAAAUCCUUUCCAUUUUGUACAAGUAUUAAAACUGCUCUGGCUGUUACACUAAUGCUGUCAUCAGAAAUCCCAUAAAGAUUGUGAUUUUCCCCAGUACCAAUACCAGAUACAGCAUUUCCUCACAAAGUCCCUCCCAUUUCUGUACAGUGAGCAGUGAAACUGCAGUAAAACUCUGAGUUUGAAUGUUGCAUUGGAGGGUGAUUUUGGGAUAUUUUAAUCCUAUACUGUAUGUACAUGUGUACAUUUGUGUUUUAAACAUGUUGCCUGAUGCCUCUUCAUGAUCAUUGUUGAUUAAAUAAACCACUUCUGUUUUGCUGUUGG